AUGACAACUAAGUCCUUGGACUUGUCGGCCCUUGUGAGCACCAGAUUGACGAGUUAUAAUUGGGCAACGCCGGCCAAAAAGUAUCGAGCCCUAGUCCUGAAGAUUUGCAGGAACGAUGCAAAACUUGGAUUUUUGACGGAUUGCAAAAAAUGCAAUGUCUUUCCAAUGUCGAUUUGGAGAUUACGUUUACCCCAAGGAUGUGCCUCUCUACUACCUAAACUACGUGCAGUAUGCUUAAGAAAAGCCAUCCGGUCCACACGACGAAGGAGAUUCUACUUGCUUAAAGUACUAAUUGAGCUAGAAAACGAGAUGUACGAGCUGGGACCACAAGUUUUAAAGGAAGCUAACCUCCGAGUUGUAGGCUUAGCUAAUCAAGUGUCGGUUAGAUUACGGAAGAGAUAUAAGAAAAAAAUGGACUGGAUCAAAAUGCACCAAGAAUGUCGUAAAACGCAGCUCAACCCUACAAUUAUAUGCUGGGAUGACAUCACACUUCCAACAUGCUUGAAAGAAGCAUGUAAGUAUGGACCUAAGUAUGCACCACCACCUAAACUUGCUCCUGGAAAGAUUAUGCCAGAAGUCGAGCAUGCUAUAGAGGGACUUAGUAAGAUCAAAAAAGAAAUGUUUAGAUGGGAAGUGGCGCUUAAAAUCAAACAAGAUUAUAGUAAAAGGGAUUGCGACACAAUCUGGGCAAGCAUCAAGAAGAGUCGGGAAUGGCUGAAAGGUAACAGUCUGGUGCUCACAAGGGCCGACAAAUCCAAGGACUUAGUUGUCAUGAAAAGAAGCACUUACGACGAUUUUCUGUUAAAGUACAUCAGUGAUACUAAUUGUAUUAAAGCGCAUGCACGCGCUCUAGAAAGACAGCAGGCAAGAGUUAAAAGAUUUGCAAACACACCAUUGGCUAAAGAGCUUGGUUUGACGAAGAUAAUAGUUCACGCACCGUCAGCACCUAGGCUAUUUGGAUUCGCCAAAAUCCAUAAAAAGGAUAAAAGCUUAAGGCCUGUCGUUGAUAAAGGAUGCGCCCCCACAAUUUUAUUGGAAAGAUUGCUCAAUGAGUUCAUUCACAAGUACUCACCCCCACAUCGAUAUAGCGUAAAACAACCGUUAGAGCUUAUACGAAAAAUGGCAAAUAUAAAGUCCCAAGAAGUUAAGUAUAUGACCGUAUUGGAUUUCAAGGCGUUGUACCCUUCCAUCCUGUUAGAACCAUGUUUUUGCCAUUUACGGGAUUUCCUUUUAAGCAAGAUCAAGCAUCCAGAAAAGAAGAGAAAGCAUAUUUUAGAGUUAACGCAUCUAGCAACUUUUUCUUCUAUUUUUAACUUUAAAGGCGUCACGUACACGCAACAGAAGGGCGUCGCCAUGGGAAGCCCAAUGGCGGGUACAUUAUGUGAGAUGGUGUUAAGAACGCUAGAGAAUACCAUUGUGCCCAGUUACGAAAAGCAAAUCCUACUAUAUGCAAGGUAUGUCGAUGACGUGGUUAUUUUAUGGAGUGUCAAACCCAACUUACAGCAUUUCAUAAAGAGCGUUAACGACAACAAGUUCGGCCUCGAAAUUGAACUAGAGCAAGAAAGUAAUACAUGCAUACACUUUCUGGAUUUAUAUAUACAAAUUGACAGCAAAGGGAAUUUUCUCACUAAAGUCUAUAGAAAGCCUACGUACAACCCGAUAUUUAUCCCAUGGAAUUCACACGACCCGCCUAAGUAUAAGCUAGCUGCAUUCCGGGCGCUCAUCGCGCGAGCUUAUUCGCACUGCAGCAGUACCCAGGACAGAAACGAAGAGCUCUGUUAUAUCAAUAAAUUAGCUAAGAGACACGGGAUUAAUACUAAAGCUAUAAAAAGCCUAUGUAAGACACGUAGCAAGAUGAGAAGUCUACAAAAUACAGAAGAGUUCACAACGAUGGAGUACAAGGCCUCGCUAAGCAACGUAUAUAGGCGAAUAGGAGCUGCUACAAAGAAAAGAAUAAUAUACAAAAGGAGUCCCACUAUUUAUCAGUUGCUAAGGGCAGACAAAGAUGCUGUGGACAAGAACACUAUUCCAGGAGUCUACAGAAUCCCGGUUACAGACACACGGAGGCAGAAUAUGAUGUUCUACAUCGGAGCUACCGGAAGAUCCAUCAAACAAAGGCUGUUAGAGCAUCAGAGAAAUAUAAGAAAAGAACAGCCGUGCACAGCGCUGGCGACGUACGUCUUAGUCGACCCACAAGAGGUCAAAGCGGAGUGGGACCGUGCUAAAUUGAUACAAAUAGUACGCGACAAAAAGCACCUCAGAUACGCUGAAGCCUGGCAUAUCUGCAAAACAAGCCAAAAAGGUUUAGCUAUCAACUUCCGGGAUGCAAGCAAAGUAUCGGCAGCAUGGCGAACAUGCAUACUAUAA